UUAGCUGGAAACUCAAGGCAGACUGAACUGGACUCAUGGCCCUGCUGAAGUCUGGCUGGCUCUGGCGGCAGUCCUCCGUCCUGAAGCGCUGGAAGCUGAACUGGUGUGAUCUGUGGAUAGACGGCAGUCUGGUGUUCUAUAAGACAGAUUCCAGGAAGGACUAUGAGACCAGAGUGAGUCUGAAGAGCACAUGUGUGAACGUGAAGUGUGGCCUGGAAUGUGCAGGCGUGUCUCCACCGGAGAGCCACCCGAGGGAGAACCUGCUGGUGGUGUAUCUGAAAGACGGCUCCACCGUGCUCCUGUGUGCCAACAGUGAGGAUGAGGCCCUGGCUUGGAAGCUCACCAUCAUGGAAGCACGACGGAAUCCUGUCUUCAUUUAUGAUCCCUACGAUGACACCUACCAGUCUGUUCCUGUUGAAGGUCACAAUGCGGUGUACAUCACACCAGGAAGCGGCAGUGGAGGUACCCACCAUGUAUGGGUGCACAGGGAACGGUAUGACGAUGGAAUUGGUGAGCAGAUAGCACUGGGGCUGCUGGCCGGCAUGGCUGCGGGGGCCGCGCUGCGCUCUUUCCUAUGGAUGCCUUUCUGGUUCUGCUGA